AUGGAUCCAAUGGAGAUCGAUGACAGCGUACACACAAAGUGGGACCUCACGAGGGAGAGCCUCAUCACCGGCGGUAUGAUUUCAACCUUAAAAGAAAAGAGUUUAGAGUACAAACAUUAGAAAUGUUAUCUAUGUGGAGUGUAAAACUGACAUUUUCAAUCAUGUUUGAGAAGUUCUUCUGUGAAUUGUUGUAUUAAGAUUUGGAGAUUUACUUUUUCAUCAGUCAAAUUAGGAAAAAAUGGAUCCUUGUCUGUAUAAAACAUGUUAAUUGUUGUCUGACUUUUCAUUUUGUAGAUCUGCAGAAAAGAAAAUCCAACUACAGAUGUCUUUCUGUGGGUCUUGGAUUUCUGUGUGCUGUCCUGUUGCUUGGAAAUGUAGCACAACUCAUCUACUGUAAGUUUUUUGUUUUUUUUUAAACAUAAAUUUUGAAGCAUUAAACUGCUAAGUGGUCUUUGAAAGCCCCUCUCUCUAUCUCACAGGUAAGAGCUCUGGAGCUUUAACCGCGGAGAGAGGAAAGUUUGAAGCCCGACUGUGUAAUCUGACUACUGAAAAAAGUCAGCUGCAGCAAAACUACAACUCCCUAAAACAAGAGGGAGAUCAGCUACAGAUGAACUACAACUCUCUAAAACAAGAGGGAAAUCAGCUACAGAUGAACUACAACUCUCUAAAACAAGAGGGAGAUCAGCUACAGAUGAACUACAACUCUCUAAAACAAGAGGGAGAUCAACUGCAGCAAAACUUCAACUCCCUAAGACAAGAGGGAGAUCAGCUGCAGAUGAACUACACUGACAUGCAAAAGACUUAUGACGACCUACGGAGAGAAAAAGAUGACCUACAGGCCGAGUUCGGCACUUUGAGAGCAAACAGAGACGAGUUACAGAGGAGCUACACCUCAUUGAAGAGUGAAAAAGACCAGCUGCAGAAAAGCAUGGAUGCUUUGCAAACACUUUACAACACACUACAGAGGGGAAAAGAUCAGCUGACGACUGAUUACAGCAAUUUGACCACAGUUAAAGAUCAGCUGGAGAAGACAGUCAAAAAAAUUAAAGGUACGAUGUUUUAAAUAAAAGUUUAAUUGACUCACUUUUUUCAGCCCAUUUUUAAUAUUCUUUGUGUUUUUAAUUUUUAGACUGGCCCUGUGAGACAGGCUGGACCAAAUUUGGCACCAGCUGUUAUUACGUUACAACCUUAAAAAAAAACUGGGAAACCAGCAGAAAUGAAUGCAUCGCCAGAGGAGCUGAUCUUGCCAUCAUAGGCAGCAGUGAAGAGCAGGUGAGGAAGGCCUGUUUUAACAGAAAUUUUGUGGUUGUGGUUGUUUUAGUUGGUUUUUGCGCAGCUAUUUUAAACAAGAGAGGUUCGUACAUUCAAGUUUUUGUGAUUCUGUGUGUAUCCUGUGAUAACAGACAUUUAUCAACGAGCUGUUGCUACCAGAGGUUCAUGCCUGGAUUGGUCUGACUGACAGUGCAGUAGAGAAGACCUGGUUGUGGGUGGAUCACACCCCCAUCACUCGGUAUAGGUAAGUUUGAAAUAAUGCACCAGACAAACCCUAGUAUGGUAAUUCACUGAAGGGAAUCUGAAUCUGUUUAUAAAAUCCCUAAAAUGUUACGUUUUGUAUGAAAGUCCAUUUUCGCCAGUGAUCAAAAAAAAAAAAAAAAGAGAAAAAAAUGUCUUUUUUCGUAAGAAAAUUUUGGGACUUUGGAUUAUGCGUUUAACUGAGUUAGAAACGCAUAAAAAACACUCGACCCGACCUGAAAAACCCUCAAAAUUGUCCUCUUUUUGGGGAUUCAAAAUAUGGUCACCCUAAUAUUGCAGUAUCAAGGAUUCAAGGAACUUUAUUUGUCAUACCCCACACCUUCGACAGUCUGUGGUACAAAAUUAGUACCAGGUCCAUUUCCAAGCCAGUAUUUUUUGUGUAUUAUGUGACCUCAGAUCAUUUACUGAGAAACUGCCGGCAGACCCAGGAUUGGCUAGAUUACAUGGUAGUUCAAGACAGCGGCAUACCCUCCAUCCUGUAUCUGCCGGCCUCCACAUUUACCAGGGAUACAUGGGAUACGUGGCUCAUGAAAUAUUAAAAACACUGAAAUAUCCCUUAAAUUGAAUGUAUACCUUAAUGGACAUUUCACUGUUUUCAUGCUGUUAUUGCACUUUUUAAAAGCAUGUCAGUGGAUGAUGAUUGGUUGAUAGAAGUCUUUGCACACUGCUAGAGUAACUGCCCCUCUCCAGCUAAUCUUUUAAUAAAAGAUGAGAGAUAUAAAGAAAUUAAUGAGCUUGUGAUGAACCUCGUUUCUCUAAUAUUUUGCAGUUUCUGGGGCCCAGGGCAGCCCAACAGCCUUGAUGUGGAACAGGACUGUGCAGAAACGGUGAAAAUGAGCACAUUUUUGGGAUGGAAUGAUGAAGACUGUGGCGCUGAAAAUGUUGGCAUCUGUGAAAAAGGUUUCCCUCGCUCGAAUGUAAAUCCAAAUCGGAACUAGCUAAGAUAGGAUAAGAAGAAAUUCUGUGUUAUCUGACCAAAACAAUCGACAAACAUGUUGGGCAGAGCUGAAAACACAAAACCUUUGUGUUUAGCUUUUUUGAUCUUUUCUUACUCUUUUUUAUGACCCAGCUUCCUAGAACAAAUUUAUGCAGUAAACUUCCAAGUCAAAGCCAGAGUGCUGAUCGCUUCAGCCUGAUUGAGGUCUAUAUAAAUCAAAGAAUAUCGAUCUUUAACCGCAUGACCAGUCCAAUGAAAAAUAUCAGUUAAUGCUAUUUCAGCCAGACUGACAUUUAACAUUAUUUUCAAAGUUCAGUUUUGGUCAAUUUUAUAUCCAUGCAGAGGAUGCUUAUUCACGCUUUUAUUUCAUUCGAUUUUUGAUGAAUAGUUCUAUAUUUUAUUCAUAAAUACUAAAAGUUUAAUGUUGAUUUGGUGUUUGAUGUAAUAACUGUUACUUUUGAUCAUUAAAGAGUCGUGUUUCAAACUGAUGCUCUCAUACUGUUAAUUUUUCACAGAAGAUGGAGGCCACCAAAACUACAUCAACAAACAUGACAAUAAAAGUUUUACCUUUCCAAAUUAUACAAUAAAAAGCUAUAAACUAACCUUACCAUACUUCAAUACCAAUUGGGAGUACUUGUAAGCUACUUGAGUUUGAGGGCAUUUCUCAGAUAACGUGUACUAAUACUCCUAAACAUUUUGUCAGUGGUGGUGAGGUGGAGAUAGAGCAGAGCAGAUCAAUCAAUCAAACUUUUUUUUAUUUUUAAAGCACUUUUAAUACAUAGAAUGUGUUGUCCAGUGCAGGAUAUAAAAAAAAAAAAAUGAAAUAAAAUAAAUAAAAAAUACAAAUACCAACCCCCACCCGCCCUCCCAACCCCCAUUCAACACACACAGCACUCACACACUCAGAUGGAUUCAUAAAGGACCAGGUGAGGACUCUUCAACUUGCCACAGAUGACUGAGGAAACGCUAUCUUGAGUUUAAAAAGAUGAGGAAACACUGGAUCUAGGACUAAAACUAUAAAACCAUGAUAAAAUAUAAUAAAGGUGAUAAAGUGUUAAAAGUUAAUUAAAUAAAACAGUCUUAAAAUCAAACGAGAACAAAAAGUAAAUAAAAAAAGAGGUAAUAAAACACAAACGGUUACUGAAGGACUAAAAUAGGAUUAAAUCUCUUAAUGCAGAUUAAAAGAUUAAAACAUAAUUCAACUAAAAGCCAGACUAAAAAGGUAGGUCUUUAGUUUACUUUUAAAAAUAUGAACAGUAGGUGUCGCUCUCAGGUCUGCAGGUAGGCUGUUCCACAGAUUGGGACCGUAAUGUUGGAAUGAUGAAUCGCCGUAUGUUUUAGUUUUUACUUCGGGAACAAUUAAAAGACCACCACCUGAAGACCCAAGGGCUCUACUAGGCUCAUACGGUAAAAGCAAAUCAGAUAAAUAAGAAGGACCAGUCCCAUUAAGAGCUUUAAAAACUAAUAAAAGAACCUUAAAAUCUUCUCUAAAAGACACAGGUAGCCAAUGCAGAGAUUUUAAAAUUGGUGUGAUAUGGACUCUCUUCCUGGUCUUCGUCAGCACGCAAGCAGCUGAAUUUUGCAGGAGCUGAAGUUUUGAAAUGUUUUGAAAGUUUUGAAAUGAAUAGUAAAUUCUACAGGUGAUAAAGGCAUGAAUAAGAGUCUAAGAUGAGUUGGACAGAGGUUAUUGAAGGGGACUUUAGUAGCCAACCUCAAGUCAAUGUUUUAAAAAAGUUGCACAUUUUUACACUUCCACAUUGGCUUCAUUUUUAGAUGAAGAGGAAGUUGCGUCUAAAGAAACCUCAAAAUUGUGGUGGUGUUUUUCUUCUGUUUUUAAGUGACUUGGUGUGUAGAUUAGAUGUUUGGUCUUUGAUUAAACUGUUCCAGUCAAAGAUCAGUCAAAGAACAAUAACAAUAAUAGUGAUCCUAAAAAUAUAUGCAGUAUGAAAACUUUCAAAUAAAGGCUUUAGAUUGCAAACUGCCCUUCUUUUUGAACCUUUGCUAGGUUAGCAUGUCUCAUCCUGAAAAUCUCUGCUUCAGUGUCACUGCAGUAUUUGACAGAAAGUUCAUCUAUGCAAAAACAGGAACAGAAAGCACAGAUGAUAAAGGGACAAACCCUCUGUUAUUAAAAAAGGAACUCCACUUUGUUUCUUGGAAUAGAUAACACUGCAUUUUCAUGUCCUUAUGUGAUGUACACACGCUCUCUCUCUCAAACUUUGAUUUAAUUUCGUUCCGCUUAUCUUCAGUUUUCUGAACAGAUCUUUACCAGGAUGGAUCCGAUGGAAAAUAAGGACAGUGAACACAUGAGGAGUGUGGUGGCAGUUAUGUUUAUGAUUAUAAUAGAUGGAGAUAUUUUGGAGGAUCAGUCUUGUAAACAACUGUAAGCUCAGCCCGAGUUACCCCUCAUUUGUUAGAGUCCCGUUGACCUCAGUGGUUGACCUCAGGAAAGCAAAGUUGGGCGUUCCCAGAAGUAUAAAUCUUCUCUUGAUUUUAAGACAAUAUGGUGUGUCCUUGGUUCACCUCCAAGUAUUCUGGUUAUCAAGCCGGACGAGACUUGAGACUCGCACUUACAACACACACCUAAAGGAGCUCACGAUUGUAACACACACUUGAGAGAUGCACAACUGUAACACACAUCUAUCAUGUUCAUGAACACACUCAGCAGUAUAAAAGUGAGUGAAAGGAGAGCUCGGGACUCCCUCGGAUGACUUUGGUCUAGACUCUGAUUUCUGCAUCUGCACCAUAAAGACGCCCAGACUGCUCUUCAGAUCUCAUCUUGUCUCCUGUGUAUUGAUUUGCUGGAUACCACGCGCAUUUUUCCACAACAGGAGGAACCUCAUAAUGGAAGGCCUUCCCACUGACGGUACAGUAUGAAGCAAAUAUUUGGAAAAUAUUAGACCUAAAGAAGAAAUUGAGGUUGUGGGCUCUGGCAUUGGAAAAAUCGGCACCUGUUGUUGUAUGUUUCAUAAAGUAGAUCCCCAGAGAAGAAAGUCCUCCUCCAGAUGUGUCCUUGUGGGUCUUGGAUUACUCUGAACUCUGGAGGCUGGAGCCUUUUCGGAUCUCGUUUCUGCUCCGAGCAGUGUACGACACCUUACCGACCCCAGUCAAUUUGCACAGGUGGGGAAUGAGGGAGGACCCUCUGUGUGGGUUGUGUGGCAGUAAAGGAAACAUGGCGCACAUUCUUUCAGGGUGCAAAACAGCAUUGACCCAGGGGAGAUACAGGUGGCGCCAUGACAAGGUGUUGGCACUGCUCGCAGACAUCUUGGAGCAAGAGAGGAGAAAGAAACAUCCGGCCAAGAGAAGACCACAGCUGAGUAACAUCGCCUUCGUAAAAGAGGGCAACAGACCUGUCGUCCAAGGCCAAACCAAGCAAAACCUCCUGCAGUUGGCCCAAGGAUGGGAGAUGGAGGUUGACCUGGGGAGGAAGCUCCACUUCCCAGAAGCGGUACUGUCCACCACUCUGAGACCAGAUAUAAUUAUGUGGUCUCCAGAGGGAAAAAAGAUCAUCCUGGUGGAAUUAACGGUCCCGUGGGAGGAGGGAUGCGAGGAAGCGGCAGAGCGAAAGAAGACCAAGUACCAGCAGCUUGUCCAGGACUGCCGAGACAAGGGGUGGACAACAUGGCUGAUGACAGUGGAAGUAGGAUGUCGAGGAUUUCCAGCACAGUCAGUGUGGAAUCUCCUGACUAAGGUGGGACUGAGAGGCCACUUGAGGAAAACAGCCGUUCGUAGGCUGGGAGAAGCGGCAGAGAGAGCCUCCUGUUGGCUCUGGCAUAAGAGAGAGGACAAUAGCUGGAAGCCUGGAUGAGAGGCGCAGUGACCUGGCCAGUCACUGCGGACCUGCCAACUUGAGGGUGUUGUGGUUAAGGGUUGAAACACCCCAUGAUGGUUGGGGACCACCUGAUGACCUCUCUUCCAGGCCAAGGCUUUAUCCAUUAAGCAAUGGAUUAUAAUAGCAUCGUUGAUGUAUUUACGAACUGAACUUCCUGGGAAACCAGUGACUUCCAGGAAAGUCUGGAUGGCAACCGAGGAAGGUCGGUGACGCUGGAGAGACAGCUGACCUCCAGGAAAGACUGGCGGGGUAACAGGGGCCAGCAACCCCUGUUGCAGCACUCGUAAGAGGGCACCAAGCAAGCUACUGAACGUACAAAUGAGCAAUACCCCCAGAGUCUCCCGAGAGGGGGGGAGGAUGAGAGACUCGUUAGGACAGAUUCAACGGCAACGACCAGGACAGUGACUCAGACACAGAGAAGGCUCAAACAAACCACCUUGACUGGGGAAGCAUUGGAAGUCAAAUGCAAUUGUGGAAAGAUCUGCAGAGGUGCAAAAGGACUUAAAAUACACCAGAGGCUGGUCAAGGAUAAGACCAAGUGUGGACAAGGACGGACGCAUGCACACCGCACAGACGAACAGUCUGGUGAGACGCAGGAGAACCCUAGGCAGGAAGCACACCAUAGUCCUUGAGAUCUCUCAGUGCCUGCAAUCCCCCAAGAACACACAAGAACAACCUCAGAUGCCACCCCAGAAAGCCCACCCGAGCCAACGAAGGAAAGAAUCAAGUGGCCUAAGAUGAGUGAGACCAAGGAGUGGUCUAUGUUUGAUGAAGAUCUGGACAAGGUGCUUGAAGCGGUUCAAGCAGGAUCAGCAGAGAAAAAGGUGGAUUCACUGACAGCCAUCACCUACAACUUGGCAAAAGAACGGUUUGGAACAGUGCCAAGGAGAGCGAACACAGCUAGACCAGAAAAGCAGGAUAACAGAAGAGAAAGAAAGAUCAAACAACUUAGGAAGGAGAUCAAAACCCUGAGGAAGCAGUUCAAAUUGGCAAGCAUGGAGGAGAAGGAAGGAAUAAAAGAGCUGACAGCCAGCCUCCGCGAGCAGCUCAUAAGAGCAAGAAGAGCUGAAGGGCUAAGACAAAGGAGGAAGAGGUUGGAAGCUGCACGAGCCCAGUUCAUAAAAGACCCCUACCGCUUCACCAAAUCACUUCUGGGAGAGGCGAAGUCUGGGACUCUAACAAGUUCCAAGGAGGAGGUGGAGGAGUUUGUUGAGGAGACAUUCAGUGACCCUUCAAGAAACAAUGCCCUACCAGUAGACCAAGGGCUUCGCACCAUCAAUCCACCAACAUCCUCCCUCAACACAGAAUUUACAGCAUGGAAAGAGGUUCAAGAGGUCGUCAAGCAUGCGAGAUCUUCUUCUACCCCAGGUCCCAGCGGUAUACCCUACAAAGUGUACAAGAAAUGCCCCAAGCUCCUCAGAAGACUGUGGAAGCUUAUGCGGGUAAUCUGGUCGAAAGGAACCAUUCCAACAAGCUGGAGAAGGGCAGAAGGAUGCUUUGUGCCAAAAGAACGAGGAUCCACACAGAUCAGUCAGUUCCGAACCAUUUCCUUACUCAGUGUUGAGGGAAAAAUAUUCUUUUCCGUGCUGGCCAGAAGAAUAAGCUCCUACAUGACCCGAAAUGGAUAUAUUGACACCUCAAUCCAGAAGGGCGGCAUCGAAGGGUUCUCCGGGUGCCUGGAGCACACAGGGGUCCUCAGCCAGCUUAUCCAAGAAGCAAAAGAGAAGAAAGGCAACCUAACAGUUGUCUGGCUAGACUUUGCGAAUGCAUAUGGGUCGAUUCCCCAUAAUUUGAUCCAAGUUGCUAUGGACCGUUACCACAUCCCUCGUCACAUCCAGGGAUUGAUCACCAACUACCUGGGAGACAUCAAGCUACGAUUCCAAUCACCCACGUUUACAACUAAGUGGCAGCCAGUGGAAAAGGGAAUAGUAACUGGGUGUACCAUCUCUCCCAUCUUGUUCGUCAUGGGAAUGAACCUGAUCAUUUCUGCAGCGGCUACAAAGUCAAGAGGACCAAAGACUGCAGCAGGAAGUCAACAGCCGGCAAUCAGGGCAUUCAUGGAUGACCUUACCGUGAUAACACCAACUCACGUGCAGGCAAGAUGGAUCUUGGCGGAACUGGAUCGCAUGGCUACUUGGGCGAAGAUGAUCUUCAAGCCCAAGAAAUCAAGGAGUUUGGUGAUCCAGAAGGGCAAAACAACUAAACGGUUCAAGCUUCUUGUUCAAGGGGAAGAGAUCCCAAACAUCCAGGGAAACCCUAUCAAAUGCCUUGGAAAAUGGUAUGAUGAUUCCCUGACAGACAAAAACAGCAUCUCCAGCACUGAAAAACAAGUGGAAGAGUGGUUGAAGAGGAUUGACAAGUCUGGCCUGCCUGGAAAGUAUAAGUGCUGGAUCUACCAACAUGGCCUGCUCCAAAGACUUAUGUGGCUUCUCACUGUGUACGAAGUGCCUUUAACAUCAGUUGAAGGGAUGGAGAGAAGAUUCAACAAGCACCUUCGUAGAUGGUUGGGAAUACCCCCAAGCUUUACAUCUUUGGGGCUCUACAUAAGGUCGGGUCAGCUCCAGCUCCCCCUGUCCUCUGUUGUGGAGGAGUUUAAAGUCGCCAAGUGCAGGCUUUCACUGACAUACAGGGACUCCCAAGAUCAACUUAUCAGGGAAGCUGGAAUCCGAACAAGAUCUGGCAGGAAGUGGGCCGCCAGCACUGCAGUUCACCAGGCAAAGCUUCUCUCAGGACCAAGGAAACCAUUGGUAACCCCUGCACUGGAAGACAGGGCUUAGGAACAUCACACUUCCAGCAGUGGUCAAAGUCCACUCCCAGGGAGAGGAGGGCCAUGAUCCAGGACGAAGUUCGAAACCUUGAGGAGGAAGGAAGAAGAGCUAAAGCCAUCGAGCUCGCAUCUCAAGGCGCCUGGACAAGGUGGGACCUUCCCAAGAGGACCAUCACGUGGAGUGAACUCUGGAGGCUGGAGCCUUUUCGGAUCUCGUUUCUGCUCCGAGCAGUGUACGACACCUUACCGACCCCAGUCAAUUUGCACAGGUGGGGAAUGAGGGAGGACCCUCUGUGUGGGUUGUGUGGCAGUAAAGGAACCAUGGCGCACAUUCUUUCAGGGUGCAAAACAGUAUUGACCCAGGGGAGAUACAGGUGGCGCCAUGACAAGGUGUUGGCACUGCUCGCAGACAUCUUGGAGCAAGAGAGGAGAAAGAAACAUCCGGCCAAGAGAAGACCACAGCUGAGUAACAUCGCCUUCGUAAAAGAGGGCAACAGACCUGUCGUCCAAGGCCAAACCAAGCAAAACCUCCUGCAGUUGGCCCAAGGAUGGGAGAUGGAGGUUGACCUGGGGAGGAAGCUCCACUUCCCAGAAGCGGUACUGUCCACCACUCUGAGACCAGAUAUAAUUAUGUGGUCUCCAGAGGGAAAAAAGAUCAUCCUGGUGGAAUUAACGGUCCCGUGGGAGGAGGGAUGCGAGGAAGCGGCAGAGCGAAAGAAGACCAAGUACCAGCAGCUUGUCCAGGACUGCCGAGACAAGGGGUGGACAACAUGGCUGAUGACAGUGGAAGUAGGAUGUCGAGGAUUUCCAGCACAGUCAGUGUGGAAUCUCCUGACUAAGGUGGGACUGAGAGGCCACUUGAGGAAAACAGCCGUUCGUAGGCCGGGAGAAGCGGCAGAGAGAGCCUCCUGUUGGCUCUGGCAUAAGAGAGAGGACAAUAGCUGGAAGCCUGGAUGAGAGGCGCAGUGACCUGGCCAGUCACUGCGGACCUGCCAACUUGAGGGUGUUGUGGUUAAGGGUUGAAACACCCCAUGAUGGUUGGGGACCACCUGAUGACCUCUCUUCCAGGCCAAGGCUUUAUCCAUUAAGCAAUGGAUUAUAAUAGCAUCGUUGAUGUAUUUACGAACUGUGUGCUGUCAUGGUGGCUGGAAAUGUGGGACAACUCAUCUACUGUAAGUUUUUUUUUUUUUUCUAAGUCCAAUUUUGAAACAUUAAACUUUAAGUCUCUCUCUAUCUCUCUUUCAUGCACAGAUAACAACUUUGAAGCUUCAACCGCAGAGAUAGAGAAGUUUGAAGCGAGACUGAGUAACCUGACUACUGAAAAAGAUAAGCUACAGAUAAACUACUAUGACCUGCAGAGAGAGAGGGCCGAGGUACAGACAAACUUCUCUUUGGUGAGGAAGGACAGGGACGAGUUAAAGAGAGAAAAAGAUCAGCUAAGCGCAGAUUUCAAGAAUUUGACAACGAUUAAGAAUCAGUCAGAGGAGAUGAUUGAGAGUGUAAGAGGGGAUCUGACAAAAGAGAAAGAAGAGCUGCAAAGUUACUGUAACAACAUGCAGACGAGCCUUGACAGUGUACAAAGAGACAGAGAUGAGUUACAAAGGAACUACACCUUGCUGAAAAGUCAGAAGGACCAGCUGCAGAGAAGCAAAGAUGCUCUGCAAACACGUCACGACACGCUACAGAGGGAAAAAGAUCAGCUGUGGACUGACUACAGCAGUUUAUAUGCAGCUAGAGAUGAGUUAACGAAAGAGCUGAACAAACUGAAAGGUAAGAUAUUUCUCUUAAAGAUCAAAUCAGAUUAGGCCUCUUUGGUAUUUACUGUUUGUUUGUCUCUCCCCUUUUCUUUUUUUUUUUCUUUUUUCUGUGCAGCCCCCUGUGAGACAGGCUGGAAGAAGUUUGGUACCAGCCUUUACUGUGUUUCUACUGGUAAGAGAGUGUGGCACCAGAGCAGAGACGACUGCUUCACAAAGGGAGCUGACCUGGUGUCCAUAAACAGCAGGGAGGAACAGGUGAGAAAGAAAGAAAAGACAAUUUUCUAAAUUUGUGUGAUAGAUUCUUGACCGCCUUUAUCAUGUGAAACGGGUUAAAGCCUUAAACAGAGAUGGAUUGAAGGAGUCUUUUUGAGCAGAAACUGCACUGAUAACAAUAAAUGUGAGUGAAAAAUGGUUAAACUUCUAAAAACACAACAAGCCAGUUGGUUCAGUGAUUCAGUGGUCUGAUCAUUUAUCAGAGUUUGGAAUUUUUACUGUGCGAUUAGUCGGCGGGUAUUAAAGCUGUUAAACCGUCUCACCUAAUUUUGUUGUCCUUUCUGUGUUACGACAGGAUUUUGUCAGUGGGCUGGUGACAUCGAGUGAAGAUUUUUGGAUUGGUCUAUACUAUAAGUUACCUGAGAGGACUUGGAUGUGGGUAGAUGGGAACCCUGUCACCUUCACGUGAGUUUAGUUAUUUCAGUCUCAUGGUGUCAUAAUUUAAUAGCAGCUAAAUACAUAGAAUAUAAUGUAGCGCUCAAGCACCAGUGAAUUCCAUAUUUAUUUAGAGUAUUUGGCACCACAUAAAUAAAAGUUGGUAGACUGAUUUGGAAAAUUGUUGCUGAUUGAACCAAAUGAAAAUACUGAGUAUAUUUUUACGCUGAUCUGCAGAAAAAUUUUGACACAGUAGUUAUUAAGGACGCUGGAGAAGUGCAGGAUGUGAGGUGUUGCUUCUUCACGGAUGGAAAAUUCCUAAGAAAUAGACAAAGGUGUGUAAAUCAAUAACACAGUGCAAGUUACAUAGACUGUAGCCACUGAAGCCACUCCAAAAACAGUUUUCUUCUUCUUCUAUUUCAUGAAUUAGAUCUCCAGAGAAGAAAGUCCCCCUCCAGAUGUGUCUUUGUGGGUCUUGGAUUACUGUGUGCUGUCUUGUUGGCUGCAAACGUGGGACAACUCAUCUACUGUAAGUUGUUAACUCAUGUCAAACAAAAAGUGACUUUUGGAUGAUUCACCGUUUAAGGUUAAACACUCGAGAACACAAUCUAUUGUUGGCAGCCCAGUGCAUCAACAAUAAAGAGUAACAGUUUUAGCUCUGGGAAUGUUUUAUUUAUUAGCACUUCAACUUUGUUUUUGUGAAAUUAAAUUCAUGGUAUAUGUUGUACUGCCCAUCUAACUGUGAACACGGUGCUAUGGUGUUUGUAAGAGUAAAAUACUGCGUGAUGCAUUGUUCACAACUGGCUAACAGUAGGCGUCCAUCUUGGUUUUUCCGACUUGUUUACUGGAACGCCGUCAGCUCGAGUGUAGCGUCAUUCCCAGCUCCGACAUCCAACUUUCGAGGUAACUGGAACGCAGCAUAAGAAAAGAAACGUUGAAAUAGUUUUUUAAAAAUCUCUAAAACUCCUUAUUGCAGAUCAUCGAUUCAGCCAUCCUACGUCAGCUGACCUGAUGCAGACCAAUCACAGCUCUGAGGCAGAUCACCUUCAGAGCAGCCGUGGGGCUUUGACUGCAGAAGGAGAAGAGUUCGAGGGGAGACUAAGUAACCUGACUACUAAAAAAGAUCAGCUACAGCAGAACUACAACUCCCUAAAUCAAGAUAGAGAUCAGCUACAGCAGAACUACAACUCCCUAAAUCAAGAGAAAGAUCAGCUACAGCAGAACUACAACUCCCUAAAUCAAGAGAAAGAUCAGCUACAGCAGAACUACAACUCCCUAAAUCAAGAGAAAGAUCAGCUACAGCAGAACUACAACUCCCUAAAUCAAGAGAAAGAUCAGCUACAGCAGAACUACAACUCCCUAAAUCAAGAGAAAGAUCAGCUACAGCAGAACUACAACUCCCUAAAUCAAGAGAAAGAUCAGCUACAAACUAACUAUAACAACCUGCAAAGAGAAAAGAACGAAUUGCAAACCAAGUUUACCAUGAUAACGACAAACAGAGACGAGUUACAGAGGAAUUACUCCGCACUGAAGAGUGAAAAGGACCAGCUGCAGAAGAGCAAGGAUGCUUUACAAACAAGUUACGACACUUUACAGAGAGAAAAAGAUCAGCUGACGACUGAUUACAGCAAUUUGACAACAGUUAAAGAUCAGCUCGAGAAGACAGUCAAUAAAAUGAAAGGUAGGAACGUUUCUUUUAAAGGUUGGAUUUGUUAGAUUUUUUAAUUGUUUGGUAUUUACAGCUUGUUUGUGAUAUUCUGUCUCCGUCUGUUUCUAUUUGGCAGCCCGGCCCUGUGAGACAGGCUGGGAGAAGUUUGAUACUAGUUGUUAUUACGUUUCAACCGCAAACAAAAACUGGACUCGGAGCAGAGACAACUGCAUCGCUAAAGGAGCUGAUCUGGUCAUCAUCGACAGCAGAGAGGAACAGGUGAGGAAACUCAGUUUCAGCGAAGAUUCGAUGGUUUUCUGUCAUUUUCAGAACUGUGUGUGUGUGUGUGUGUGUGUGUUGUAAUAAUAGUCAUUCAUCAAUGGGCUGCUGGGAGCAGGAGUGAACGCCUGGAUUGGCCUGACUGACAGUAUCAAAGAGGGAACCUGGAUGUGGGUGGAUGGGACCCCUGUCACCAAUUCGUAAGUUUUAACUGCUGCACAGGAAAACUUUGAUCUCAUUCAACAAUAUUUAACAAAACUAGGGAAGUUUCUCAACCAAGUGCAGCUGGAAACCAAUCUGUCAACUGUGCAGUGAGGGGUCUCAGGCUGGGUAAACACACAUAUCUUUUUAAUAAAGUCAAAUAAAUAGUAAUCUUUUAUUAGAUAUUACCACUUACUGUGAUGAACUUAACCUGGUUGGUCGUAAAUAAAGCAUUAAUACACCAGCCCUCUGUGUCUGUAAUAUUGUUUUUACCUGCACCUUAUGUAGUGGCAGUCAACAGUCAACCAUUUGUGGUCUAUUUUGGCUUUUUUGACGACCACUGUUGAUAUGGGCACAGCCUUUAUUUUAGCUUCUCUAGGUUUGUGCCAUUGUUGUGGCAAACUUGUAUAAGCUUUAACUGGACCGUCCUCUUGUACCUCAUAUCAUAUCCAAUGUGUUGAUCAAACUCACAAAUGUGGGAACAAUAUCCUGGUGCGCUAUAAAAAGAAAUGGAAAACAUACCAUUUAGCAACAGGCUAGCAUACCAGACAGCGAAAACUAUAGGGAGUCAUGAAUGAAAGUUAGCUUAAAAUAAAGUAACAUAUUGACUUACCCUGCGAUGCAAGAACAUUGUUGUCCCUUUAUAAAUUUGUUGGGUACAUGAAUCGUCACGACGUGGGGUGGCUGACUCUUGCGAUGUGAAUUGUGAGCCUCGGCCUCGAUUUUAAUGUCCUCUUUGUCGGCAUUACUUCACCGACAAAUGAUGUAAAUAUAUUUCUCAAAUGCAUAUCGCAGUCCUUUCUGUCUAGUUCUCUCUGGUAUUACUCCAGAAAUUUGACAUGAUUUCCUUCGGAAUAUCCUUCACCGAAAUCGCUGAGAAAUGCAUGUUGGCGGAACCGGUGAAGAAAGCUUGCCAGGCUUAGCAACUGUAGCGAUGGAGGGCAACCCUUAGCGAAGGGUCAAUAAAAAAAGUCAUCAUCAAGUUGAAAAUCAGCUUGAGGAAAAGCUAGUUAGCCAACUAACUAAAGUGAGGAAUACACUGUUAGGUGUUCAAGGUCAAUAACAUAAGAGUAAAGCAAUGGUUGAUAAUAUGUUAUCAUGAUGUGUUCAAAAAGAGGAAAAAUGGUUUUUGGCAAAUUAUGUGAGAUGAGAUUGAUUGAACUAAAAAAUUAAGGACCCCCAUCCCUGGUCAAAAUAUAGCUACUACUAGUAUAGUCCAUAACCAGCUUUAAGGGAGAGAUGGGAGACGUGCACAAGGCAAGACAACAAAAGAGAGGAUGCAACAAAUUCAAUAAUGACUGAAAAAUGAAUGACUCCCUAACUGAAUCUCAUUUGUUUGAUGUUUUUUGCACAUCAGGUUCUGGCAGGAGGGGCAGCCCAACAGCUACGAAGGGAACCAGGACUGUGGAGAGAUCGUGCAGUCAGAACAAAUUGGAGGAUGGAACGAUGAUGGCUGUUUCGCAGACAACCCCAGCAUCUGUGAAAAAUAA